AUGGUGUCUACAAGGCGACAGAUGACAUUGUUGUCUCUACUUGCACUACAGGUCGGUAUUCAGCCAUUAUUACUAAGUUUGUAUGCAAGUGAAACACGUGACGUUCGUCUCCGUGUGGGUGUUGUGGAGUUUCUAAAGCUUUUGCUGGCGCUAGUGCCACUUUGUCUCACGAAAGGAGAGGGCAGUCUCCUGAAUCAGCUUAAGACGUGGAAAUUACGCAUUGCAAUGGCCACAACGGUCUUUCCUGCACUUAUCUACGUGGUACAGAAUCUUUUGAAUCAUUCGGCAGUGGUGGCACUGGAUGGUGUGACGUUUAACGUGCUGAACCAGACUAAGAUCAUCUGGACUGCAUUGCUCGUGUAUCUUCUACUGGGCAAGCGGCAAUCUCCAAUGCAGAUAAUGGCUUUAGGAAUUCUGUGUAUCGCUGCUGUGCUCAUGACGACAUCGUCUACAGAGGUGAAGGACGAGGAAACGCAGCCAGAUGCAGACGCUGUGGUGUUUACAGGCAUGUAUGAAGCUUUACUGGCCGCGGUGCUGUCGGCAUUGGGUGGGAGUAUCAUCCAAAGAGCUUUGCAACAACAGAAACGCAAUCAGUACAUGGUGACGGUAGAACUGAGUGUUUUGGGAGAGACGAUACUUGGAGUGCUGGCUGUCGUGCAGAACGGACUAAUGCGUUCUGAUGAAGACAGCGACUUGCAGGACAGCAUGUGGGAAGGAUGGAGUGCGAUGACGUUGGUUGCACUUGUGUGCCAAGCUUUGGGUGGAGUUUUGGUAGGAUUUGUGAUUCGAGAUUGUGGAAAUGUUGAGAAGAGUUUCGCUGUCGUGGGAGGAAUGGGACUGACAGCUUUAUUCGAGACAUAUUUCAAUGGAAAACCCUUUGGGCAUAAUGCGUUUAUGGCUAUGGCACUAGUGGCUGUCAGUACGGCGUUGUAUGCAUUUAACCCAGCUACAGCAGCGUCUCUACAUGACAAAAAGCUUGUACCCAGUGUGUCGAAUGAAGUAGGCAUUGCUCCUGCGGCUACAGCUAGGUCCUUUUUGAGUACAAGACAUUCGAAGAAGAAGAAGACAAGUACAGACGCAAGCGAGAUCGAGCCGUUCCUGGCAUCGCCUGCUGUUAUUACAGUUAGUAGUAAUAGUGUCUACAGCAGCAGCACUUUUCGACAGGACAUGCGACGUCCAUUGUGCCAGCCGCAGCCCCCUGCCGAGAUACAAAAAGUUCAACGUUUGCUGGAGACGAUGGUGUAA